AUGAGGCCAUCCUGGGGGCUCCUCCUGCUCACGGCAGCCCUGGUGCUGGGGAGGACGGCUGCAGCCCGCUGUCCCCCACCCUGUGUCUGCGACAACCUCCGUGCCCAUACCCUGUGCCUCAAUGGGAGCCUGACGGCCGUCCCCAACACCAUCCCGCAGCUCACCAAAAAACUGGACCUUCGGGGCAACAGCUUCAUGGUCAUUGCGGCAGGAGCCUUUCUUGCCACCCCGUACCUCACACACUUGGACCUGCAGCGCUGCAAGCUGGAGAGGCUGGAGGAAGGGGCUUUCCGGGGGCUGGGGAGGCUGCUCUACCUCAACCUGGCCUCCAACAGCAUAGCCCUCCUCUACCAGGAGUCCCUGGAUGGGCUCUCCUCCCUCCAGCAGCUCAUCCUGACGGGGAACCGCAUCGAGGAGAUCCAGCCAGGUGCUUUUGGCCAUCUGGGGUCCCUCACUGUCCUCGACCUGAGGGCGAAUGCCUUAGUCUACCUCCCGGACAUGGUAUUCCAGGGUCUGCAGGUCCUCAAGUGGCUCCGGCUGUCCCACAACGCCCUCCACGUGCUGGGCAGCGAGGCCUUCGCUGCCCUGCCUGCCCUGCGUAGGCUGAGCUUGGACCAUAACGAGCUGCAGGCGCUGCCUGGCGAGGCCCUGGCCAGGCUGGAGGGGGCCACCCGGCUGGACCUGGGCCACAACCCCAUCACUUACAUGGCUGAGGAGGCCCUGGCCAUGGCCUCCCUGAAGAACCUCUUCCUGGACCACGCUGCCCUCCAGGAUGUGGCGCCUGAUGCCUUCACCCGCAGCCCCCAGCUGCGCACGCUGGACCUCCGUGAAAACCAGCUGCAGGGGCUGCUGCCC